GUAGAGAUAGUGAUACAGUCGUGAAGGCGUCCUAAAUAAAAGUCUUUUUAUAGCGAGUUCGGUUCGAUACAUGAUUGAUCUAUUAACACCGAUUGUGGUUGUAUAUCUAUAGCAUUGUGCCGCUAAUUAGUUUACUACAGCUCAGUAGGUCUUUUUCGUCGGUGGAAUAAGUUAGCUGCGUCCGAGGAAACCCGCGUUAACUGUUUAAGCUUAAUUAAUUCGAGUUUUACUAAAAAAGCGAACUUUAACGACAUGGAAGAAAUUCAGCUUAGCAAAGAUCAAAUAUCUCAUUUGAGAAUGGCAUUUGACACGUUCGAUAAAGAUAAAAAAGGAUGUAUCAGUACGAAUAUAGUAGGCACAAUUUUAGACAUGAUGGGUCAGGCAGUCCCAGCAGAAGAGCUCUCGGCACUUAUUAUGGAAAUUGAUACCUGGGGGUCUGGUGAAUUAAAAUUCGAAGAAUUUUGCCAAUUAGCGGGGCGCUUUCUCGAGGAGGAAGUUGACACAGAAGCGAUACAACAGGAGUUACGAGAGGCGUUUAGAUUGUACGAUAAGGAAGGCAAUGGUUAUAUCACUACCGACGUGUUCAGAGACAUCCUUCAUGAAUUAGAUGACGCAUUAUCUCCAGAGGAGCUUGACAUGAUCAUAGAGGAGGUAGACACUGAUGGAUCUGGCACGCUCGAUUUCGAUGAAUUCAUGGAGGUCAUGACAGGAUAAAUUAUGACUUUGGCACCACGCGGAUGCACCGUGUCGAUCGCCCACGUAUCGAACAACGAGUGUGCCUGUAUAAACAGAGAGACCAAAAUCUCUUCGAAGUCGACGCUAGCAAAGUAUAAGUUUGCUCGUUAAUCAUGUAUGAGAAAAAGUCAUUGUAAAAUAUUUGUACAAAAUAUGUGAGCCAGUGGUUUCGAUGAAAGAUACUCAAAAAUAAAUCUUACAGAAUUUUUAACAUUUAUAGACUGUGCGUAUGUCAAAUAUAAUUUGGGGGAGAUUUUGGGAUCUCUGUAAUUAUAUUUCAAGUAUAAUAAUGAUUAUCAGUACCUUGGAAUUCAUAGAGCUAUUAAUUUGUCAAGAUUGCAAAAUUGCUAUUCUUUGUGUCAGGUUUUGGACAUUGAACUCUCAUUAGUUGUUAAUUUAAUCAAUUACUGAAAUUUUAUAAUAUGUUUUGUCUAGGUAAUGUGUAUGUAAUUAUAUAUAUAUAAUUUCAAAAA